GGAUAAAAAUUAAGAAUUAUAAAAAUUAGUUAUAUCCUAACUGAAAUUAUAUAUGUAAUGUUCUCAUUCUUCACUUAUUGUCAAUCAACUAAUGAAUAUUAGAUAAUUAGUUAUUGCAAUUAUAUAACGUCUGUUCAUAUAUUUAUAACGUCAAGUUAUUAAUAUAAUGGACAUACUUUUACGGCAAACUGCCAUAAAAAAUCUUACAUAAGACCUAAUAAGAUAUGUCGGUUGUUUCUUCGAAAUGCUUAAUGAAAUAUGCGUUCUGACACUUUAUAAAAGUAUCUACGCUUUUUCUCACGUGUUCUUAAGCAGCAGUAUUGCAUACGGAAGACUUUCGUCUUCAAAUUUUUCAAGGCCCUUGCGAUUUUCCAAAAACACCCGGUAGAUUUCUGCAGACCUAGCGUGGAGGCGCGAGUGAGGAUACACACGCGCGCGUAACGCAUCUGUACAAACGCACGUUCGCGUUGUGUGCGCGAUUGGCGCGAGGAGGGAACGAGAGAGAAAGGAAGAGGAAAGCCGCGAGAGGAAACGAGCGAGCGAGCACGCAUGCACGCUCACGGUCUCGCGUGCACGCAUGGUAGGCACGCAUGCACGCAGCCGGAGCGCGUACUCGGCUGCGAAACCGGCGUGCGAAAAGUAGCCAAUGGCGAGCAGAGGCGGGAAUCGGUGGGGUCACCCACGUGGUUAACGAACGGCCAAUCCGCGCUCUAUCACCGGUGGAUUUCGAGUUGGUUUCCCGCUCGGUACACGGCGUUUGCGUUCGCGGACAAGAGACGGACCAGAGAGAAAGAGAGAGGAAGAAAGAGAGCGAAAAAAAACAGGAGUGCACGCGCGAGCAAGGAAAGAGCCGAAUUUACGAAAGAAGAAGAGAGAGAGGGCUAACGAUGGCAGAGGAAAAAAAGAAGAAGAGAGACGAGUUUGCAUCGCGUCUCGACUGCUCCCUCCCCUCUACUCUGGGAGGGAAAGGGGUGAAGGAGAAAGACAGAAAGAGGGGCACAACAUGUUGAACGAGAGAGCCCCUUGAACGUCGCGUUGCGGUCUAGCCAAAGAGAGGAGAGGAAGGUGCGUCGCCGUCGCUAAGAAAGAGAGAGAGAGAGAGAGGGAGGGAGAAGAGGGGAAUUCCUUGGACACGCCGCGAGUCGACGUGAGGGAAAGAGACAGACCUGGUGAACGCGCGCGUCCCUUAAACUUGGAGUAAUCGGGGAGAGCCAUUUCUGCGAGGACACGCCGGCCGGUCUCCAUCGUCGUCGGUUUCUGCGAUCGAGCUGCUGACGGACAGCCACCGGAAGCGCGUCAGAUUCGCGCAACAGCGCCGCGUUUGAGUCGCCAGAGAGACAGGCGGAGAAAAGUAGAGAGAGAAAGACAGAGAGAGAGAGAGAGAGAAAGAAAGAGGGAGAGAGAGACCGCACACACAGUCGUCGCCUAUCCGCGGAUCGAGCGGCUCGCAGUCGGCCAGUUGAGGCGCGAGGAAACCAGCAGCGGAAAACAAAAGAAGGUGCCAACUCCGUCGAGGACCGAUCUCGUCGCAGAAGUCGUCCAAGGACCCCCGUGCUCUCUCAUCACUCCGUGCAUUUUUCCGCCUCUCGCGUGUGCAGCCCGUGACCCACACGCGCGAUCCGCGAUCCGCUCCACGUCGUGUCCGGGAUUCAAGCCAAGAGUUAUCGUCCCAGCGAGGAUAUAUACCAUCGGACGCCUUCAGAUUCCAUCCAAUCUCUAACCCACGCCGAUUUCUGCCGGUACCAUAUACACGACUCCUUUUUCUCCUCCCGCUCGUCACCCUUCAACCACGACCUGUGACCAUCGUCGCAAUCGCCGUCGUGUCGUGUCCGCUGUUCAAACUUUACCACUUCCCCCCGGGUCCACGUAGACCCCGAGUCUACGACGAGGUCAGUACUCGGGGAAUCGGGUACGCGAAUCCGCGCGCACGCGCACCGAAUCGCCGUUUUCGUUGAGCCUGAUACACGUGACCGAGCCGCGUACUCGGUGGAAGCCGGCAUCAUAGCGUCGAGAAGCGAGCAGCAGCCAACCACCAUGUCAAAGCUCUACGUGGGCAAUCUGCCGCCAGAUUGCAACGAGAGUGCUCUCAGGCAACUCUUCCAGGAGCACAGCUUGGCAUGCACCACGAUCCUGGUGAAGCGCGGCGGCUACGCCUUCGUCGACUGUGCCGAUCAGUCCACAGCCGAUCGAGCGAUCGACAAGCUAAACGGAUAUACCUAUCUCGGAUCCUCGCUCGUUGUAGAGCCGUCCGUAGCCAGUGCAGCAAAGAAACGCAGCACGUACGUCGCUGAUAACGAAGCGCCAAGAGCCGGCGAUACCAUCGUCAAUCCGAUAUCAUAAAGCGGUCGGCAUUUUCGUCUGCCAUAAAUCGUAAAUUUUCAUACCUCGGCGCGGUAGAUGGCUUGUUUGACAAGCCAAUAUAAUAGCGAUAAUCAGAUAUAACCCGCUGUUUAUCAUCGAAUAUCUUGUGCAUCACGUAACCUGCAUCAUUAUUAAAGCAAGUGACAUAAUAAAUAUCCCCUAAUAAAUUCGCAUUAGAUAUGAAAUUCACAUUUUAGAAUUUCUUUGAUAUAAAAUUGAUGAAUCUGAAAUGUCUCAUUAACAUAAAGAUCUUAAUUAUCGGUAAUACUUUUAUUAAUAAUCAAUAUCAAUUUACUAUUCUAUUAUUAUAAUAUAAUUAAAUAUCGAAAAUAUAUAAAUGUAAAACUACUUGUGUAAAUCAAUUUUCCAUCUGUAUUUUGUCGUGCUGCGUAAAUGACGUAAAUGCAUAACACAGAGUGUUUUUUACGAAACUUGUAAAAUUGUCGUCCGCGCAGUCACGCAGGAGAAACAGCUGACAAAAAGAUCCAGGUCUUUCUGUUCUCAAUAAACAAUGAUUCAGUGCCGGAAGGAUUAACCCAAAUACUCGACGCGACGCGUUUUUGCGGGGCACAGUUUGGGAGCCUCUAUACAACGCCGCGCCGCAGAGGCAGCUUCUUUCCU